CAAAACCUCCUUGGUUUGACUGUGCGAGCAGAACGUGUGCGGCGGUAAUGGCUGCCAGGGAGAGUGAGGAAGACAACAAAUGAACCCCCGAGAAACGAUUUAAAGUGAGGACUAGGAUGGUAAGCAGCCAGCCGAAGUACGAGCUGAUCCAGGAGGUGGGGCGCGGCAGUUACGGCGUGGUCUAUGAGGCAGUGGUGAAGCGCACAGGGGCCCGGGUGGCGGUGAAGAAGAUCCGCUGCCACUCUCCAGAGAAUGUGGAGCUGGCCCUGCGGGAGUUUUGGGCCCUCAGCAGCAUUCAAAGCCAGCACCCAAACGUCAUCCACCUGGAGGAGUGUAUCCUGCAGCGGGACCAGCUGGCCCAGAGGAUGAACCAUGGCUCCAGCUCCCCUCUCUACCUCGAGCUGGUAGAGACAUCCCUAAAAGGCGAGAUCACAUUCGACCCAUGCUGUGCCUACUACUUGUGGUUUGUCAUGGACUUCUGUGAUGGGGGCGACAUGAACGCCUACCUGCUGUCCCGCAAGCCCAGCCGCAAGACCAACACCAGCUUCAUGCUGCAGCUGGGCAGUGCCCUGGCCUUCCUGCACCGAAACCAGAUCAUACACCGUGACCUCAAACCGGACAACAUCCUCAUCUCCCAGGCCUGCACGCCGGCCGGCUCCACCGAGCCCACCCUCAAAGUGGCCGACUUUGGCCUAAGCAAGGUCUGCUCCACCUCCGGGCUGAACCCCGAGGAGCCAGCCAGCGUCAACAAGUGCUUCCUGUCCACAGCAUGCGGAACAGACUUUUACAUGGCCCCGGAGGUCUGGGAGGGUCACUACACGGCCAAAGCGGAUAUCUUUGCCCUGGGGGUGAUUAUCUGGGCCAUGGUGGAGCGCAUCACCUUUGUGGACGUGGAGACACAGAAGGAGCUGCUGGGGAGCUACGUGCAACAGGGCGAAGAGAUUGUACCCCUAGGGGAGGCCCUGUUAGAGAACCCAAAGAUGGAGUUGCUGAUCCCUGCCAGGAAAAAGAGCAUGAACAGCCACAUGAAGCAGCUGAUCAGGGAGAUGCUGUCGGCCAACCCUCAGGAACGGCCCGACGCUUUUGAACUGGAGCUCAGACUGGUGCGUAUCGCCUGCAGAGAGCUGGACUGGGACACGUGAUGGAUGAGCAAAUGGCACCACAGACUCAGCUGAUCAAGCACAUGUACACAUCUCAUCAGCUACUGUUCAACUAGAUCACAUAAGGGGAUUAUUGUUUUGUAACUUGGGAACAAUAAUUACAAUAUUCAUUGUUUGUAAUACGGCUUAAAUUCAUCCACUGUCCAAGCACAUGCAGUCCUCUACUAGCUGUGUCUUUAUAUUGGAGGAGAGAGGUGUGACACCCACCGCUGCUGCUCUGCUGCUGCUGCUGCUCCAAAUUGCAGCUUAGUCUCAGGCUAAUCACAUCACAGCUUCCACUUCCUCCUUACAGAAUCACUCGAGUGUGCUGGAAGAGCAAAAUGACCCCCAAAGUCCUGGAUUCAAUUAGAAGAGAAAGUCAUAGUGACGGUGAGACAGUUUGUCCACAAAUGCCAUCUUGGACUCGGUGCUAAUUGUUAGUAAAUGCAAUAUGAGACAUUAUCCUGUGAUCAUUACAGCGUAUAUUUAUCCAAAGGGCCAAUUUUAAAACACAAUCACCUCAAUGUUGGAAGGCUCUGACAGAACCGGUUAUUAAAAACUGAUUUCAGCCUGGUACAAAACCACCAGCAUUUUCAAUAUUUACAUCAAGAUUCAAUUCUGUUUUUGGCAUCAAUUGCAGGUAUGCCCUGAACGCUCAGGUAAUAAAAACAUACAGCAUGAUGGUAUUUGUAGACAAACAUCUACAGUCACGGUCAGUUUUGCUCAGUAGUUUUGGUGGGGAAAAAUACCAGACUUUGGCGCUUGGAGAUAAGUGUUUUUUUUCCUGUGGGCUGCUUCGUUGGUUGUGUGGGUGGGGGACAUUUUAUCAGUUAGUGACCAACCGACAGGUUCUUGAUGUAGUUUUUUUUUCCUCUCUCUGCCCAUUAAAAACUUAAAGAUAAGUUGACCUGUCCCAGAGACACCCCUGACCAGUAUACCAGAAUGUAUAACGAUCAAGAAAGGUCACUCUUUGUUUGUAUAGAGCCUUAAAAACAAAAUACUUUAAUUGCAAAGUACUUCACCAAGUUAUCAAGGAGAGCUUGAUGGAUAAUUCUGGAUAUUACAGCUUUGUUUUUCUGACUUUCAUAGUUUUGGCUGUUGUUCCUGUUCAUAUUGGCAGUUUUAAAUGGCCCAUCAAUAAGCCCUGCUCCCUUUAAGUACUGUUGCUAUGCCUGUUGAAAUAACAUUUUAGUAGUUAGUAGCAUGAAUGCCAAAGUGAGUGGUGGCUAAUUAACCUACUGAAAGCCUUAAAGGCAAGAUUAUUUAUUUUGCACGCAGUGUUGGUCAAAACCAAAAGUGUAUCUCUUUUAUAAAAAAUAUUAUCUCCUGUGAGUGAGACAUUAUCUCCUACGUACAGGAUGUUAUCUGCUAUGUGGAAGAUACAUUUUUAGGCUUAAUUAGGCUUUGUUGAGGGAGAGAAUGUUGUGCAGAAUGAAAUGUUUAGUGCACCAUACGAAGGGCAUUGAAAGUUCAGCUAAAUGCUGCAUAAACAAAAUGUUUUACUCCAAAACAUAAUGGAACUGUGCAGUGGCCUCUCUACAAAUCUAUGUCAUGCGCACAAGAUCCGUCUGCCGCAACAUGUACGUUCCCAUGUAGGCACAUACGCAGUCUACUCAGUGAGCAAGUGAGCAAGCAGGAGAACGAGAGAUUGAUUUGUUUUUGGGGUUUUUUUCCAACAACAAAAUGCUGUAUUUUAAAUACUGGCACAUUUUAAAUACCAGCCAACAUGCGGAGUUUGCUAGACCGCCAGUAGCACUUACACAGUUGCAUUAACAUUCUGAUUAAUGGCAGAUGAGUGAAAUAAUACAUCAUUAAUGAUAAAUAUUAAAUGCUCUGUGUCGUGCACAAAGCACUUCAUUCUGCAUGACUUUCUCACUCUCAAAACAGCUUAAUUAAGCCUAAAAGUUAAUCUCCUAGGAGAUCAUAUCCCAUGCGUAUGAGGUAACAUCCCAUACGUAGAAGAUAACAUCUCCUAUGUAGGAGAUUAACAGGUUUUGGCAAACAUUGCUUGCCAACAAAAAAAAAAUCACCUUGCAUCUCAGUGCUUUUGUAUUUACCAUUCAAAUUUAUUGUUAAUUUGUAAAACAUUUCAUCCUUAAUUUUAGACAUAAAAAGACAUAGCAACCAUCUCAAUUUUAGGAGGCGACUGUCAUUUUUGCUGGAUCAAUUGACAGCUGUCUUGAACUAGCUUGUAUACAACCUGUCUCAUUGUUUUUCUUUCCCCACUGGACCUCAUUUUGUGGCAAUGUCAAGGCGUUUCCCAGGUAUUAACAAUUACUUUGGUGAGCCCAGUGUUAUUGUAGCCAACAGAAACAAUGUCCAGAACUAUGAAAAUAAAACCAAAGUCUUAAUAAACCAGAAUUAUCCUUGAAAAGAAUAUCCAAACAACCGAGCACACUACAAUGAAGCAAGCCGAUUGGCUUCCAAUCAAAAGACUUUGUGAAGUGACUACCCCUCACGAGGCAAACAAAUCUACUCUUAAGAGCAAUCCUUAUGUUGCCUAAACAUAGAUUUAAUUAUCUGAAGAGUGAGCUGCUUGUAUGAAAAGAACAGUGACAUGAAUAUUCACAUCUGAGUCCAUUUAGACCUAAAUGAGUGAAAAGAGUGAGGGAUUCAGUGAAUCUCACCGAAAGCACUUUUAUUUUGCUGUUUAUAUUUAUUCCUCAUAACUACCUACUGCAUUAUAUGGAGGAGCUCUGUGAGGCUGGAUUCAGUGUGAUAACUGCAUUGGUAUUUGUUUACCAGGCGAACACAAUGUCAGCCAACACUCUACUUAUGCAUGCAGUGCCUCUCACCUUCAGGGAAGCGGCGAGAGAAGACACCAGCACACACAAUCCUCCAUGAGCCAGAGGAUCUCUGCUUUUUUUUUUUUUUGGAUACAUAAUACUGUUGUGUUUAACUUGAUCUCCUCUCACUGUGUCACUGCUCCUCGUUUCCUUUGGCUCUGGAUCUUACAGUAAUCCCUUUCUUCAUGCUUCCGACAGGCUAAUUCUAAGCCUAUUAAGUUGUUGCAGCACUUGGCAGAAGAUCAUUCUCGGGACCCCUUUUUGCCUUUCAGGUCACACAUAAUUUGUGCACUUUUACAAAUUUUACAGAAACCUGUAAAACCAAACAAUCUUGGCUUCUUUGUUGCGCUCAAACUCUGGCAGAAAAUCAAAAUUUCCUUGACCUGUUGCCAACAUGUAUUCGCUAGAUGGCCUUCAAUUUUCCCCUUAGCUGUAAUAGAUUUCCCUGUCAUGAUUGAGAUUUGCCUUAUUUCUGCAAUUCGCCGUUUUCUUUCUGACACUAGAGUGGCCUCAUUGACACCACACUCAAACGUAGAAUUGGCAGAAGUUACGCUUCAGAUGCAUCACGUUUUAUUGACACAGUGUGGUGCUUUGGGUAUGAACAGAAAUACUACAAAUCAGUAUUAAAACGCCUGUCUUUAUCGCAGGACAUCUAUGCUGCUUUGGACAAUGUUGCUGUGCUUCAAGAAUGUGGUAUUUGUGGCUUUCUGUUCACUAGCAGCAAAGUUUGGACUCAAAGUAGGUCAGCCAUAUCCUCGGAGCUCUAAACAGAGCAGAGGAUGAUGGGUAGAGUAAUUUCCGGCCAGAUUUCUUCCUUCAACCUUUCUAGACAAGAGGGGGGGGGGGGGGGACAGUUGGCUUCCUGUGAGGUUUGAGAUUUGCCAAACAAAUGUAAGGUCCGGGGUAUUAGGAGAUAUCACCCUUUGAUUUGUUGUAUUCCUUUGCACAUGUGUAAAUACUGUAUAGGAUCAACAGGGGAUGAACAAGUUUGAUGUACAUUUGAUGGAUGUGCUCUGUUUUCAAGAGCCUGACUUGUUGACAUGUAAAUUGCUGUGAUGGAUUCAGUUUUACUUCAACUCUUAAUUCAGCUUCAGUUUACUUCAGUCAUGGAAAAGAUGUGAUAUAUUUACAGGUUAAUACUGUUGGUGUGCUAGUGAUAACUGUACGUUUUUCAUUUGCCUGACGUUUGUGAUUUUGUGUAAGCAAAGCUGGUAUACAACGUGGGUCAACUCAAGUCGUCUUUUUUGUCUGGUAUCAGGUUACUUGGAAAUGGAACUUUCUUUUUUGGAAUUCUGGGAUAUCAAUCAAACCUCACCACUAUACAAUGUACCACCAUACUGCUUUGCCAUCUCCUGGAACUCAGACAUUUCAGUCACUGAGCGGUUCAUGGAAGUUGCAAUGUGAAAGAUGUUGAAUCAUGAUGGUUCUCAGUGAUUAUAGUGACCAGAUGGGGAGAAAUCGACUAUAAAAUUUACGAAGUAACACAAAGAGAAAUCACAGAUGGGGAGAGUUUUCUUUUUUGCUCACUCACUAGAGCAAGUAGUGUGCUCAGUGCUGCCACCAGUGGCUGUAAGGUAUACAUUGAGAACUAGCUCUGUCCCAUUUUUAUACUACAUACUAAUAUUUAUUUAAUUUGCCUGUUGCUUUUUGCAAUAGUGCAAAAUUACUGUAGUUUCUCAAUAUUCCCUCUGGCUUGAAUUGGGUUGGAUUCUUGGCAAUUCACUUUUUUUUAAAUUGUUUUCGUGAGAGCCAACGAUAGCUCCAUAAAAUAAUGGAUGGAAAGAAAAAGAAAUAACUGUGUGAGGAAACAACAUCAGCCCUUAGCUUGCAAUAAAUGUUUGAAUAUUAAAAAAUGUAUAUUUUUACAGUAGAAAUUUGGAGAUUUAAUUUGGGUUUGGGCUUAAAACUGCAGCUGUGGUUCAGGCUAGGGUGAGGUUUUGAAGAAAACUAUAUUGGAAAGUAUACAUACAUACAUACUUUACACAGUGAGUAUGCAUUAUGGAAUUGGGACACAGCUUACUUAGUUAUGCAGCAGUAUUUGCUUUGGGCCAUUAAUGGCAACACUGAGCACACUGCUGUUAGGGAUGAUAUUUACACCGUCUUUUUAUAUUGACAGUAAUGGAAGAGCCCUUUCUUGGUCUGUAGUGAUAAUUUUGUUACAUUGCACCUGCAUAGCCUAAUUUUCCCCUUCUAAUAAGCUUUAAAAAGCUUAUUAUUCAGUGAGAUCAAAUUGUCAUCAAUGUCAUCAUUCUUUCCGUAAUAAAUUUUAUGAGCCGCUUUGCAACUGAAAUAUGUAAGUUCUCAGAUAUAACAACACAGGACUGUGACACCUAAUAUGAGUCCUGGAUCAGGGCUACACUGUGUUAGAUAAAUACAGCACUUGGAAAUAUGUCAAAUAAUUAGGGUUGGGUACAGACAGAAACAGAAGAUUAACUCUGUGUGGUAAGAGAAGAGCAGAAAAGCAGAAAUUACUUGUAGAGUGGCGCAGAGUAUAUGGAGAAAAAGAAAAGAGAGCUGUUACAUCUGCAACUUUGAAAAUUACAUUUUGUUAUUUCAGAAAGCACUGAAGAAAAGUACAGUUUAGGUACAGGUAUUCAUUCAAAUGUGAGCAGCACCCAACCCUACAAAAUGGAUCUGAACACACAGCCAAGCAAACUUCUCCUCACACUUUUGUAUGAACAAUUUUUUGGUCUUAUGUCAUUGUAACAUAUUUUGAAGAGAUUAAAUGAAGUUUAUCAAAAGUGGUGUGAACACCUGUCAGUCACUGUUGAAUUGAUUUUUAAUAAAAUGAAUUAAAAUAAUUGUAUUAAAGAAA